CCUGCCACCCUGCCUCUGGCCAAGCGGCAGCAGUACAACUCUCUGCUGAGCAACAUGAGCAGGAUCUACUCCACCGCCAAGGUCUGCUUCCCCAACAAGACUGCCACCUGCUGGUCCCUGGACCCAGAGCUCACCAACAUCCUGGCUUCCUCACGAAGCUACGCCAAGCUGCUGUUUGCCUGGGAGGGCUGGCACGACACCGUGGGCAUCCCGCUGAAACCCCUGUACCAGGACUUCACCGCCCUCAGCAACGAGGCCUACAAGCAGGAUGGCUUCUCGGACACAGGGGCCUACUGGCGCUCCUGGUACGAGUCACCCACCUUCGAGGAGGAUCUGGACCUCCUCUACCAACAGCUAGAGCCCCUCUACUUGAACCUCCACGCCUAUGUCCGCCGCGCGCUGCACCGCCGAUACGGGGACAGAUAUGUCAACCUCAGGGGACCCAUCCCUGCUCACCUGCUGGGAGACAUGUGGGCCCAGAGCUGGGACAACAUCUACGACAUCGUGGUGCCUUUCCCAGACAAGCCCAACCUCGAUGUCACUGAAACUAUGGUUCAGAAGGGCUGGAACGCUACGCACAUGUUCCGGGUGGCGGAGGAGUUCUUCACUUCCCUGGGGCUCCUGCCCAUGCCUCCUGAGUUUUGGGCAGAGUCGAUGCUGGAGAAGCCGACCGACGGGCGGGAGGUGGUGUGCCAUGCCUCAGCCUGGGACUUCUACAACAGGAAGGACUUCAGGAUCAAGCAGUGCACGCGGGUCACGAUGGACCAGCUGUCCACGGUGCACCACGAGAUGGGCCACGUGCAGUACUACCUGCAGUACAAGGACCAGCCUGUCUCCCUGCGCAGCGGUGCCAACCCUGGCUUCCACGAGGCCAUCGGGGAUGUGCUGGCGCUCUCGGUCUCCACUCCUAUACAUCUGUACAAAAUUGGCCUGCUGGACCAUGUCACCAAUGACACGGAAAAUGACAUCAAUUACUUGCUAAAGAUGGCAUUGGAAAAAAUUGCCUUCCUGCCUUUUGGCUACUUGGUGGACCAGUGGCGCUGGGGGGUCUUUAGUGGGCGUACCCCCCCCUCCCGCUACAACUUUGACUGGUGGUAUCUUCGAACCAAGUAUCAGGGGAUCUGUCCUCCAGUUGUCCGAAAUGAAACCCACUUUGAUGCUGGAGCUAAGUUUCAUGUCCCGAAUGUGACGCCAUACAUCAGGUACUUUGUGAGUUUUGUCCUACAGUUCCAGUUUCAUCAAGCCCUGUGCAAGGAGGCAGGCCACCAGGGCCCACUGCACCAGUGUGACAUCUACAAGUCCACCCAGGCAGGGGCCAAGCUCCGGGAAGUGCUGCGGGCAGGCUCCUCCAGGCCCUGGCAGGAGGUGCUGAAGGAUAUGAUCGGCUCAGAUGCCCUGGACGCUCAACCAUUGCUCGAAUACUUCCAGCCGGUCACCCAGUGGCUGCAGAAGCAGAACCAAGAGAACGGCGAGGUCCUGGGUUGGCCAGAAUAUCAGUGGCGCCCACCAUUGCCCACCAACUACCCGGAGGGCAUUGACCUAGUGACCGAUGAGGCUGAGGCCAACAAGUUCGUGGAGGAAUAUGACCGGACGGCCCAGGUGGUGUGGAACGAAUACGACGAAGCCAACUGGAACUACAACACCAACAUCACCACGGAGGGCAGCAAGCUGCUGCUGCAGAAGAACUUGCAGAUGGCAAACCAUAGCCUGAAGUAUGGCACCUGGGCCAAGCAGUUUGAUGUGAGCAACUUCCAGAACACCACCACCAAGCGGAUCAUUAAGAAGGCUCAGGAUCUAGAGCGGGCGGCGCUGCCUUCCCAGGAGCUAGAGGAGUACAACGAGAUCCUGCUGAAUAUGGAGACCACCUACAGCGUGGCGUCUGUGUGCCACACGAAUGGCACUUGCCUGCAUCUGGACCCUGAUCUGACAAGUCUGAUGGCCACGUCCCGGAACUAUGAAGAGCUGUUAUGGGCGUGGAAGGGCUGGCGAGACCAGGUGGGACAAGCCAUCCUCCCUUUCUUCCCGAAAUAUGUGGAACUCACUAACAAGGCUGCCCAGCUCAAUGGCUACCUAGAUGCAGGGGAUGCGUGGAGGUCCCUGUACGAGACGCCGUCCCUGGAGCAGGACCUGGAGCAGCUCUUCCAGGAGCUGCAGCCGCUCUACCUGAACCUGCACGCCUACGUGCGCCGGGCCCUGCACCACCACUACGGGCCCCAGCUCAUCAACCUGGAGGGCCCCAUUCCUGCUCAUCUGCUGGGGAACAUGUGGGCGCAGACCUGGUCCAACAUCUACGACUUGGUGGUGCCCUUCCCCUCCGCCCCCACAGUGGACGCCACGGAGGCUAUGAUAAAGCAGGGCUGGACACCCAGAAGGAUGUUUGAGGAAGCCGACAAUUUCUUUACCUCCCUGGGGCUGCUGCCUGUGACCCCCGAUUUCUGGAACAAGUCAAUGCUGGAGAAGCCAACCGAUGGGCGGGAGGUGGUGUGCCACGCCUCGGCCUGGGACUUUCACAAUGGCAAGGACUUCAGGAUCAAGCAGUGCACCACUGUGAACAUGGAAGACCUGGUCGUGGUCCACCACGAAAUGGGCCACAUCCAGUAUUUCAUGCAGUACAAGGACUUGCCUGUGGCCUUACGGGAAGGCGCUAACCCUGGCUUUCACGAGGCCAUCGGGGACGUGAUGGCCCUCUCAGUGUCUACCCCCAAGCAUCUACACAGCAUCAACCUGCUGAGUAGCGGGGGUGGUGGUUAUGAGCAUGACAUCAACUUCCUGAUGAAGAUGGCACUCGACAAGAUCGCCUUUAUCCCCUUCAGCUACCUUGUCGACCAGUGGCGCUGGAGGGUGUUUGAUGGCAGCAUCACCAAGAAGAACUACAACCAGGAAUGGUGGAGCCUCAGGCUGAAGUACCAAGGUCUCUGCCCCCCAGUGCCGAGGUCUCAAGGCGACUUUGACCCAGGGGCCAAGUUUCACAUUCCUUCAAGUGUGCCUUAUAUCAGGUACUUUGUCAGCUUCAUCAUCCAGUUCCAGUUCCAUGAGGCGUUGUGCCAGGCAGCUGGCCACGAGGGCCCCCUGCACAAGUGUGACAUCUACCAGUCCAAGGAGGCUGGGAAGCGCCUGGCGGAGGCCAUGAAGCUGGGCUUCAGUAAGCCGUGGCCAGAGGCCAUGCAGCUGAUCACGGGCCAGCCCAACAUGUCUGCCUUGGCCAUAAUGAACUACUUCAAGCCGCUGCUGGACUGGCUCCUCACCGAGAAUGGGCGGCACGGGGAGAAGCUGGGCUGGCCGCAGUACAACUGGACGCCAUACUCCGCUUCCUCGGAGGGUUCCUUCUCAGACACCAGCCGCGUCAACUUCCUGGGCCUGAACCUGGAGGCACAGCAGGCCCGUGUGGGUCAGUGGGUGCUGCUUUUCCUGGGUGUCGCCCUGCUGGUGGCCACCUUGGGCCUCACCCAGCGGCUCUUCAGUAUCCGCCACCACAGCCUCCACCAGCCUCACCGUGGGCCUCAGUUUGGCUCCGAGGUGGAGCUGAGACACUCCUGAGGUGACCGGACCAAGGAGCUUCUGCAGAGAGACUGGAAUGGGGCCAUGGGGCGGUGGCCCUCCUCCGUCCUCCAGACCACCAGCCACCCUGGUCCUGUCCCCCGUUCUCGAGGCACCCAAUGCCUACGCUGAGCCCCCCCAACCCCCAGUCUCCCUGUGAACACAAUAAAAGGUCCUGCCCUCAC